AUGACAAAGCAAAGGGAUAAACUGUCACUUAUUCGAAUGGUUUUUAAAAAGGUUAUGAUUCUAUUAAGCAUUGAAAUGUUGAUCACAUUCUUGAUACUAUACCCUUUAACAUCGAUAAAUUAUUACAAAGGAUCUUUUUUCGGAUACAAAUGGAUUCCGUAUACCUUACUUAUUCUUGGAGGGACUCUAAUGAUACUACUAAUCCUUCUACCAGAUGGAGAUAGAUUCCAACUAAUUGGAUAUAUACUGGCCAUCAUGAUAACUACUGCAACGGAUGCUGGAGUUGGUCUGUUCUCAGUAUAUUUAGUAAACGACUGGCCCAAUACACCAUGGAUUAUAACUGUAUCAAUAUUUGUGGCUUCCUUUCUAUCUGGUCUAAAGACCAAAUAUGAUUUAACUCACUUCUGGUUCAUUCUACUGCUAUACACUUGUGUUGCAAUUAUAUUAGUAUUCAUCAUGUGGAUUAUAUUAGUAGAUUUGAAAAUGAAAAACGUUGUAUUGCAUCUUGUUGGGAGUAUAAUACUGACCAUAACAUCUCCAGCUAUUUUCAUUGAAGCACAAAGUUUAAAAUAUAACAGAGAACAAAGUUUUACUGAUGAUUAUGUACCGUUAGCUUCAGUUAUCUGUUGGUUAACAAUUACACUGACUUAUUAUGGAGUACUUUUACAAUUUGUUCACUUUAAUAAAUUCUUUGUACUGAAUAAAAUUGAACUUUUAAUACUAAGGUCAUAA